UCUCAUUGUAAUAUAUGAGCCCUGCAAGUUACAGUGAUGCAAGAAUGUUUUGUCUUUUCUCUCUGAUUUCUCUGCUUAUGAUUCCUGUUAUCUACAGCCAGAACUGGGAGGUUAAGUACUCCAGUAUGAUGAAAUGUGUUCUAAAGGGUUCAACAAUAAAUGUAUCAGGGACUUAUACACUCCCAAAUAAUCUCACAGUGACACAGACAUUCUGGACUGUAAACCCAUCUAAAAACAAGAUUAUCAAUCUGUUGGCUCAUCCAGUUUACAGAGGCAGAGUUCAGGUCUUCAAGAAUCAAGACGGAAUGAUCUUUCUCCAUCUCAGUUAUGUGACUCAUGAGUAUGAAGGAAUGUACUGCCUCAGAAUCCUGACAAAUGAAAAAGAUGAAAGAUUUCUGGGUUUUCCUGGGAUUGAGCUCAAAGUGACAGAGCUCAGAUUGGAGAUUCCUGCAGAGAUCAUUGAGGGAGAAUCACCUGUUUUAUUUUGUAAGACCACCUGUGACCUCUCAGGUAAAACAGAAUUUACUUGGUAUAAAAAUGGCAAGCGUUUAUCCGAAUCGAUCGGGUCGAAUCAGCUGUUGCUGCAGUCGGUCAGCAGUGAUGAUACGGGGAACUACAGCUGUGCAGUGAGAGAUCAGAAACAUCUGCCGUCUCCUGCUGUCUCUCUCAGUGUCAGAUAUCCUCCAAAGAACAUCUCAGUGUCCAUCAGUCCAUCUGCUGAAAUAGUGGAGGGAGAUUCAGUGACUCUGAGCUGCAGCAGUGACUCAAACCCUCCUGCUCUGAACUUCAGCUGGUUUAAGGAGAAUCAAAGCUCAGCUGUUGGAUCUGGACAGAGUUUCAGCAUCUCCAGCUUUAACUCCAGUCACAGUGGACGCUACUAUUGUGAGGCUCAGAAUAAACAUGGAUCUCAGAGAUCAGAGUCUGUUUCAGUCUCUGUUAAAGGGGUUCAGAGAGCUGCUCUGCAAACAGUUACUGGGAUUGUGGUGGGAUGUGGAGGACUGAUCUUCAUCAUCAUCAUCAUCAUCAUCAUUGUGUUCAUAAGUAGGAAGAGGCGGAGAGAAUGUGGAACUGAAGACGUGAAUCAAAAGCAGACGGCUGACUCGAGUGAUGAUACAUACACAGCUCUGGAUCCAGUGUCCAGAACAUCUGACAUUUACAGCACGAUCAGAUCUGGUGACUCCAGAGCUCCUGAUGACACCUACACGGCUCUCCGGCUUCAGUCCAGAUCUUCUGAAUAUGAGACUCUAGCAGUAACUUCAGCAGAUCCACAUUAAACUCUCCUCACAGUAUUACUGCUCAGAUGGAAAUACUGAUGC